CACCGGAGAAAUAACGGAAUAACGAGAUCACCUGCUCUCCUCCGCAGCCCCCCACAAGACGACCAACGCUCGGAUCAGAUCCCUCCCUCGCCGCGAUCGGAUGAAGCAACUCCACAAGCAACCGAGCCUGCACCACCACCAUGGCCAGAUCCCUUCCCCCUCCCCAGCUCCGGUGACCAAACCCUCGAAGCACCACCACCACCACCACCGCUCCUUCCCCCGCUCCGUCGUCUCCUACCUCCUCCGCGAGCACCGCCUCCUCUUCCUCCUCGCCGGAGCCCUCAUCGCCUCCUCCUUCUUCCUCCUCCACCCCUCCUCCCUCUCCCUCUCCUCCUCCCCGCUCCACCCCUCCUCCCUCGCCCUCCUCCCCUCCUCCUCCAUCCGUGGCGUCGUCCAUGGCGGAGCAGGGGGGCGGAGGAUUCCGGUGGGGCUGCGGAAGCGGCCGAUGCGGAUCGUGGUGACGGGUGGGGCGGGGUUCGUGGGGAGCCACCUCGUGGAUAGGUUGCUGGACAGGGGAGAUAGCGUGAUCGUCGUCGACAACUUCUUCACCGGGAGGAAGGAGAACGUCGUGCACCACUUCGGCAACCACCGAUUCGAGCUCAUCCGCCACGACGUCGUCGACCCCAUCCUCCUCGAGGUCGACCAGAUCUACCACCUCGCCUGCCCCGCCUCCCCCGUCCACUACAAGCAUAACCCCAUCAAGACCAUCAAGACAAAUGUAAUGGGAACCUUGAAUAUGUUGGGCCUAGCAAAGAGGAUUGGAGCCCGAUUCUUGUUGACAAGUACCAGUGAGGUCUACGGUGAUCCACUUGAGCAUCCUCAGAAGGAGACAUAUUGGGGCCAUGUUAAUCCUAUAGGUGUUAGGAGCUGUUAUGAUGAAGGGAAAAGAACAGCGGAAACUUUGACUAUGGAUUACCAUCGCGGCGCUGGUGUUGAGGUGCGAAUUGCACGUAUAUUCAACACAUAUGGGCCUCGCAUGUGCUUGGAUGAUGGCCGUGUAGUUAGCAAUUUUGUUGCACAGGCCUUGCGUAAACAACCUAUGACUGUCUAUGGUGAUGGAAAACAAACUCGAAGUUUCCAAUAUGUUUCAGAUCUGGUUGAUGGGUUAGUAGCGCUGAUGGAAAGCGACCAUAUUGGACCUUUCAAUUUGGGGAAUCCUGGGGAGUUCACCAUGUUGGAGCUUGCCCAAGUGGUGAAAGAGACGAUAGACCCGAGUGCGACGAUCGAGUUCAGACCCAACACUGCAGAUGACCCGCACAUGAGGAAACCUGAUAUAACUAAGGCGAAACAGCUUCUGAACUGGGAGCCGAAGAUUCCAUUACGGCAAGGGCUUCCGUUGAUGAUGUCGGAUUUCCAGAAACGUAUCUUAGAUGAAAAAUGAUGCCGAAGAGUAGAAGGUUCUCAUUGUAUCAUAUGUGGUAAAUUUACUUAAUUUCUUGAUGACCUACGAGUGCCCACAGAUUCAGUUUUUCCUAUUUAGUACUCCUUUCUCCUCUACGUUCUUCAUUGCAAGAGACUUAUUGCGAUAUGUAGGUUUUUUUUUGUCUCUAGAGAUAUUGCAUUUUUUUGUUUCUUUUUUUUUUUCUUUUCUUUUUCGUCUUUUAAUUUCAUUUGGAACCAUGUGUUUUCCCUGUA